UAAAUUAUUUCUGUUAAAAAUCGAAACAUUGUGACGUGAUUUUGUUGUUUAUGUACUUUUGUUAUAUAAUUUUGUUUGGAUUACAUACUCUUUAUGAAUUUUAUUUCGCUAUUAUUAUUAAAUACGUGCAUCGAAUAAAAAACUGCCAUUUUAGAACUUGAUCAAAAAUAGGGGUUUUAUAGCUUUCUUAAAUAGAAUAAUAUUAUUGUCAGUAUUACACGGUUAUGAUAAAAUAUUAGUGCAGUUUUGGUGCCAAAAGCUGGUGGUGGGUGUGAAAUGUGUACACAAGUAUAAUAUAGCGUGCUUUAAAUAAGUGUUGAUUGAACCAUGGUGGCGAUACUCGAAGUCGCUAAUAAUAACUAUUUCGCCUCGUUUUUACCUACUGUAAAUUCGCCGCCAGUUCCCCAUCGAGACAUCACGGGAGCGAACACAACAUCUUACCGGCCCUAUAACGAAGAAUAUGCUUCCGUCCAGCGCCAUACAGACAGACCACUUCAACCAGAGAUAGAAGUAGAUCGUUCUAAAAAGGACAAAAAAUGGUCCAUUGGAAAACUGUUUAGAAGAAAAAAGAAAGAAGAUGAAAGCGGUACAUCAUCACAAAGCGAAGAUGGUGGCACUAACCGCUCACCAUCAAAAAGGAAAAGCAAAAAGAAAAAAAAGAGCCCAGCAGUCAACAAUUUUGAUCAUAUAGUGAUCAGAAAUACAAGAAGAGCUCAAAGCUUAGCUAAUCCAAAUCUCCGUGACCUUAACGACGAUGGUGUUUUAUCUGAUCCUUCGGCUGGUUUCCUUAAUUACAAAGCCAAUAGCCAAGAAAUAUAUGGUGCCCCACAAGAGACCAUUCAAAUUAAAGAUGAUACAUCUAGGCUGGGAAAGGGAAUUCUUGAAACACCUUCUCGAAAAACAAGAAAAAGCAGGUUAAAAGCACGCGUUGAAGCUCUCAGAAACAGUAUGAAAGGAGAAUCUAGCAGUGAAGAUGAGUCUUUAAAAUCAUCUUCAAACUCCUCUUCUAUGAUUCGAUUUCGGAGUGACGACUCAUUGAUGAGGUCCCGAGACAGCUCUUUAAAUAAAAGAUCAAGAAGUGCUCGAAAUGAAAGGUACAUUAAAAGGUUGUCUCGUGAUGAUGAAAAUCAACUGAAUAAAGAAGCUGAAUUACUACAACAAGGUUACACGAAAGCUGAAGUUGAAAUGUUAACAAGAACCCCAACAAGUCAAAGUAGUGGUUACGGAACAUGUAAACGCGAAACAACGAAUAAUAUAGCAUCAGACCAGUUAAUUGUAAAUGAAACAAAUAGACGUCCAAUGAAAUCUGAAUCGAUAUCAUCCUUUCCCUCAACUCAAAGCUACCCUUCAUCCAUUAAUUUUAAUGCAAAAGUUAAUAAUGAACGAAUUAACUAUGCUAUUCAAUAUUCAAAUAGCAAUGUAAAUCGAGGAUCAUCACAAUAUAUAAAUAACAAUAGAGAGGGAAGUGUUUCAAGUCAAUAUGAGAAUCCAGAAAGUGUAAUAUGUGUGAAGUUUCCUUUAGGCAAUGUGACAAACAUUAAAAAGGAGGAAAAGGCUCCUCCCGUACCCCCACCACGUGAUAUGCACCGAAAAGUGGUGACACCUAUAUCAAUGCAUUAUGAAAACAGUCCUGUAGCAGCAGAAAGGGUAACUAAUCAAAGCGUUAAAUAUGGCGUGCCUAACAAUGAUUUUGAAAGAAUAAUGAGAAGGAGUCAAGAAAGGUAUGUGAGUUACGGGAUGAAUGGGUUGCGUAGACCAAUAUCUACUUCCGAAGACCAUAUAGCUAUGCAAGAUAAUGAAUAUAUUCAAAACUUCGUGAUUAAAAAUGAGCAGCCUCGAAGGCCAGCAUCUGUGUCGGCUGAACCAAAACAUUACGGACAUUUUGCAAACAAUAUUCCCUGGAGACAAACGGUAGAUCAAAGUAAUCUAAUAAAACCAGAGCCGGUACAGUUAAGACAGGACUAUCUGUACUAUGCUGAUGAAAACCCAAGGUCUCGUAGGCCAAUAAGUAUUAAAACUAGUCAAAAUGGUUACCAGAACCAAUAUCUAAGCGACUCACAAGUUUCUUCAGAUCUCAGUAGUAAAGCUUAUCAAAGACCAAGAAACGCGUCUGAAUUUUGGAAAAAAAUUGAUGAUGCCGAAAAACAAAAACGACAGCAAAAUAUUUUUGCACACUCUAGAAGUAAAAGUGAAUUUACUGGAGGUACACAUUCAAAUAGACUAUUCACAGCGCCUCAAAAUUCUAUACGUAAUAGAAAUCAGGAUUGUACAGAAGGUGCCGAUAGUCUGAAUAAAAUUAAAUCUAUUGAUACAAUUGACGGUGCUAAAGUUUGGAAAGCAACGACCGAAUACAAGCGAUCUACUACUGUAGAGCCAAAAUCUAACACAUCACCGCCCAAAGCUCAUACAAGGCAUAAAUCGGAUACCUUUGUUUCAAGUUCGAACUUGGCAUCUGAUGACGAAAAAAGUUCAGAAAGACGAAAAUCUACUAAUCUGGAUGAUGCGUUAAAUGAAUUAGAAGCAAUUUAUAAUAGUCUGGGGUUAGGCGAUGAAGAUCUUUUAGACAGAGCUGAACGGCGGGAACUGAUGACACCAAAAUUUAAUGACCAAUACAACGACUGGAAUGGAAAUGAUGACAUUCAAUUACGUAGUCAACCUUCAACACCUUUGCGACGUUUAUCAAGAAGAUCAACUUUACCUGACAAAUUGCAAGAUGAUAUGGCGUUCCGAAGGAUGAACUCGUUUGGUAGCAAAGAUAAACCGAAUCACAAAGAAGCACAGGCACAAAUCAGCUAUAUGCUAGCUUCACCUGUUUAUAUUCCCUAUGCAUCAGAUGAUGAUAGGCAAUCAGAGCGUAAUGAACCUGAUGUAAUUUAUGAUGAUGUAGUUUACAGAAACAUAAAACAAACUAACAAUAGAUUAAAAACUAUUGACCCACAACCACCAUUUGGUAUACCUGUGGGACCUAUUUCACCAGCACCACAAAGUGAUUAUUUACAUGCAACACCUGAAAAUAAAGGAAGGUCACGAUUCAUACCCAAAAGGUCUCCUGACAUAGUAGCUGAUGAUUUAGCGUAUAGGAGUUUAAGAAAAGAUAACAGACACUCAUCACUUUUUAAUGGUGAACAUAAUGGUUAUGUCAACAAUAACGGUUACACUGAUUUUCCAUUCAUGAAAGAUUCUGCUACAAAUAUUAAAAAGAAACGAGCAGUUCGAUCGUUGUCUGCUAACAUAUUUUCUAUGAUACAAAAAGAAAUAGAUGAUGCCCUAAAUAUGAGCAAAAUGUCUAAUUUACAAAAAACGCACAGUAAUAGCGAUGUUAUGCGAAGGCUGCGAGACACUUUUGAGAAAAAUGACAAUCAAAAGGACUACUAUCCUCGAAAUAAGGUAAAACAAAGGCAUAAUACUAUAAACUUAUUUGCCAAUAGCACUCACACACCUUCACACCAUUUUGCAAAAGAUGAUUCAUUUAUUCAUAAUGAUGAUAUAUGUGUUGCUAAACCACCAUCAUGUGAUAAGUCCAAAAGUUCAUCUCCAUCAAAUCGAUCACCACAAGCUUUCAAACGAUCAUCAAAAGAUGAAUUUCAACAGGUUCUUAGUAUGCUUGCACAAGAGGCUAUGGACACUAGUAAUAAGCUAGGCGUAGCGUUAGCAGAGUUAGACAAGAAUCGAAAUAAAAAUGAAGUUUCAGACAUUCAGAGCCGAAUAUCAGAUAGUAGAAUGAAUUUUAUGAACGAAUUGACUAAUAAAAGUUAUGAAAAUGGUGCAUCUGAUUGUAACAAAACUAAUGAAAAAACUUUAUUACAAAAUAACAACGUGUCAAAUAAAUCUGUAGAAAAUACUGAAAAAAAUUCAAAAGGCAAAAAAACUGAGGAUAGUUUAAUAAAAAUAUCUGACCAAUUGUAUAAAGUUGAGGAUCAGUUAAAAUAUAGCUUUGACAAAGAGCUUAAACUCGAAGGCGAAAGCCACAAAGUUGACAAUAAUAUAGAAGUAUCUCCGAUGUUAUCUAAAGAUACAGAAACAACCGUUUUACCUGAUGAAAAUAAUGUGACGCCUAAUGAUGCACCAUUUACGAUAAAAAACGACAUCAAAGAGAUUGCAUUAACGGAUGAACAAAGCCCUGAAAUACCUCCACCGCAUUAUAAUCCUCUCAAUCCUUUUUUAAAUACAGACGAUACUUUGAAAGAACUCAAUGAAAUAAGAGCUUUUAAAGAAUUGAAAGAUGGAAUAUCGGAUCUAAUUGCAGGUAUUACAGAGGUAAACGAAAAACUAUUUGUACCUAAAUCACCGAAAAAAGAACAAUGUUCUCCAAGUAGCAAUGAACCAGUUCUGAAACAAGUAAGUGAGAAAUUAAAUGAAUUGACACAAAAUAAUACAGCCACUGAUUUAACUAAUAGGACAUCUGCGAAUCUCUCCAUUUACGAAGACGACCUAGAAAAUAAAAAGGAUACGGCGGAUUCAACUGAGUACAACUCAUCGGAAGAACUCGCGACAAUAUUUAAACUUGACAACAUUGCUACAUCUACACCACCUAAUGCUGUAAGCGAAAAAAAUAAUGAAAGUAAAGAACGCAACGACUUAAAUUCCCCGAAACUUGUGAAAACAAUGACUCAGCAUUUGAGAAGGCUUUCAGUUGAUGAAAGCACUAGUCAAAAUACUUCACUGCCAACUACUGUAGUUCCAUGGAGAACAAAGAGGCAAAAUAGUAAUUCACAAAACGAAAAAAAAGGCGAUAGUACGAAGUCAAAGCGCAAUUGGCACGACUCUGGCACGUUGAUGUUAGCUUGUUCCUACACCUUAAUGUUCUCGCAGCACCUGGCAGACUUGGAUUGGUUGACGCUGCUCGGCUUGCUGUUGGCAAUGAUCACGAUUGUCGCCAUGCUUGUAAUUUGACGUGAAACACUAUUCCGCUGUAGCCCGGGACUUAUCUAGCGAAAAGUCGCUUGCGCAUUUUCUUUGCAAUGGAACAUAUUAAAAUACGCGAUAUAAAAGAUAAUAAAAGACGCGAUAUAUUUGCGCGGGUAAAACGCCGAAGAAAACUUCCGCGCGUAUAAUGUCACACUCGAUUUUCCGCUAGGUGAAAACUGAUUGCCUCAAUACCAACUCUGCCUGCCACUUUUAAGAUUUACUCCGAUAUUAUUAAUUCUAAGCUAUUGUAAUAAAAUUAAUUAAUUAACUACUUAUAAGCGUCACAGGAAAUAUUGUAAAUACCAGAUUAUUAUAAAAAAUCUUUACUAGGAAAAUUAAAAGUUUAUCCUACUUAUUUCGAGUUAUUAUUUGCCUUGCGUCUACUUCAAAUUUCGGCUGAUAUUCAGAUCUUUUAUUCUGAUUCUGAUCUGUUUGAUUGUGCAUUAUUCAGACAUUUUUUAUAAUUAAGUAUUGCUCUAUAUAAUUUUAUGAUCAAUAGUAAAAUCUGAUUAUAAUUUGAUGAUUUGGAAUUUUUAAUUAGGUUAGGAUAAUUAUAAAUUAUAAAAAAAGCUUCAAAAUAUUAUUAGGACCGAAAUGGUUUCCUUUUAGCACGUAGAUACCCACUUACCUACCAAAAGCCUACCAAUUAAAAUAUGGAAUUUUCGAUAUAAAUCUUUGUUUAUAAAUAAGUCCCUAAUAAUGAUGAUAUCUCCAUAGAUAUAAAAAGAAAAUGAAAUCACUGUUUUCGCAAUUUAAUUGCUCCUAGAUUUUUUUAUAAUAAUUUGUAUUGCGGCAUAAAUAUUAUACUUAUUACUACUAUUACUAAGUCAGUUUUAUUUAGUUUGCUUAGAAGAUAAAGAGAUCACAAAUCCUUCUCGGAGAAACACGUAAGCAACUCGAUUUGCCCUACGCUUUAGAGCUUCUGGAGUUGGAUUAUUUACUCCUAACAUGAUUUUUUCAUUGUCAAUUCAUGGUAACAAAGCCGUAUACUUAAUGCGACUCUUACGCAUUUCAGCGAUAAGCUACUUAUUUACCUUUUAAGUAAACUGAGGAAAACUGAAGUAUACUUUACCAUUGUAUAUUUUAAUUCUAUUGUUGUAUGUGAACUGUAAAAUUGUAUCCACACCUACUUAUUUUUAUGUAGAGGCUUCCAGUUACGAUUAUAAAGAGCGUUAUUUAUAUGAAUGAAAAAAGUUAUGAUUCAAAUAAAAAUGUUUUUCAGUUA